CGGUGACGUCAGGCUGACUGCGCAGGCGUGCUAGUGGAGAGGCCGCAGCCCCAGGGACGCGACUGAACCGAGUCAGUCAACAAGAGGCACCGGGGAUCAGCGGAGGGCGGGCCCUGUGUGUGAUUGAACGACCUAGGACCUGACUGCAAGAGCUGGGGACCUGCAAUACUGGGACCAGCACUGUCACUGGGGGGGCCCUGACUGGGGCAAGGUAUCACUGUCACUGAGAGACCCUGAUAGAGCCAAGGCAUCACUGGGGGCCCCACACAGGAGCCCAAAUAUCACUGGGGGCCCAAACAUCACAUUUACUGGGGCCCCCAUUAGGGAGCCCUCAUAUUUAUGUCACAGGGGCCACUUUAUAGGAGCCCAGCCUUUACUGUCACCCGGGGCCCUUCAUAGGAGCCCACCUGUCACCGGGGGCCCUUCAUAGGAGCCCACCUGUCACCGGGGGCCCUUCAUAGGAGCCCACCUGUCACCGGGGGCCCUUCAUAGGAGCCCACCUGUCACCGGGGGCCCUUCAUAGGAGCCCACCUGUCACCGGGGGCCCUUCAAAGGAGCCCACCUGUCACCGGGGGACCCUUCAAAGGAGCCCACCUGUCAUCGGGGGCCCUUAAUAGGAACCCACCCAUUACUGUCCCAGGGAUCCCACUAUAGGAGCCCACACUUUACCGUCACAUUGGGCCCCUUUUGUAGGAGCCCCCUUGUCACACGACUAUACACAUCAUCGUUAUAGUAGUGCAGCCAUUACUGUCGCUAGGAGCCCCUCUCCUAAGCACCCCAUACUUGCGGUACUGUUUCAGGGGCCCCUCCUGGGAGCCGACCAGUCACUGUCUUCUAGGUUGUCACUGGCUUAUCGGGAGCCCUCCCGUCACACGGAUCUCCGCCUGGUGCUGACACAUCACUGUUAUUGGGAUCUCCAGUAAGAGGCCCAUCUGUUACUGUUCUGGGGAGAGCACGCUGACUUCACAGGGGCCCUUUAGAAGAAUCUAGACCAGGGCCACACCUCUGAGUCGCCCCUCGUGACUCAUCUCAUAGCAACUUCAUCAUUCACCUCAUCUGACGUUGUCACCCCCCCCACCACCAAACCCUAAAACUGGCUGGACAGACGCACAGCUUUACCUUGUGAGCGGGCAAGCAGAAAGGCUGGGGCCACAACCCAGGAAAAUCACAAACAGCCAAGGGCCUCAUCCCGGGGGCCCUGUGCAUAGAGGACCCGGGACAGGAUGGGCAGAGGCGAAAGAGAUCCCAAGAGCAGCUGAUCCAGCUGGAGCCCCCACCAUGAAUGGUAGUUUGCCCCUAGAGGGACUCGGCUCCUCCUCCUCUCCAUCUCCGAACUGGAAGGAGUUCUGUGAGAUUCACGCCCAUUCUGCUGCUCUUGACUUCGCCCGGCGGUUCCGGGUCUUCCUGACCGAGAAUCCACAGUACGCCACGCCGGGGGCGGAGGGCAGCUUCUCCAAACGGUUUGCCGAGUUUUUCGUGGAGCACUUUGAGACGGAGGUGAACAAGACCCAUAUCUCGGACGGCCCUUCUCCCACUCACUGCAGCAUCGCUCCAUUUACAGGUGCUCACACCUCGACCAGGGACCUGUCGGAGACCUGCAGUGACUCCUCCCUGGCCUCGCCAGUGGAGACUCAGCCUCGCCAGGACUCCUCUGGGAUCACCUCCGGCCUGUCCAGCAGUCAGUCCCACAGCUCUGAGGACGUCUCCACCUCUUCGACCACGGCCAAACCGCGUCUGAAGAAGCGGUUCUCGCUGCGUAACGUUAGUCGGAGCGUACGGGGUAGCGUCCGGGGGAUUCUGCAGUGGAGAAGCUCGGCGGAGUCCCCCACCGAAGAAACGGGGGCCAACAGCAACUGCAAUUCCUCAGCCGGUAGGGCAAGCGGAGAACGAUGGACACACAGGUUUGAGAAGCUGCGGCUAAGUAGACCUCCGGCCCCCAGGCUGGAACUGCGGGACGUGCGGCGGGAAGGGGUUUUGAACUUCGUGGUGGCAGAAGAGGUGAACAGCAGCAGCCGGGCUCGGUGGCAGAAGUGCCGGCUUCUCCUGCGAAAACCUGAGAUCAAUGGGUGUCUAUUGGAGUUCUACAUUCCUCCCAAGGCCACAAAGCCACGGGUCAGCAUCCCAUGUACGUCUAUUGCUGACGUACGGACCACAACGUCAUUGGAGAUGCCAGACAAGGAAAACACGUUUGUGUUGAAGACAGAGAAUUCCUUGGAGUACAUACUGGAGUCGGUAGACCCUUUGCAGAUGAGAUCCUGGCUGUCUGACAUACAGGACUGCAUGAUUUCUAGUAGGGAAAGACCUGACCCCACAGAACCUAUUCAUAUAAACCAUUCGGAAAGUAUGCCCAGCCGGGAUCUACCUCUGUUACCCACGGAGAGCAACGAGCAGCUCUGCCAAGGAGCCUAUGGUGGCCUUUCUGACCGGCCCUCUGCAUCCAUCUCACCCACUUCAGUUUCCAUAACCGCCUCACACUUUGACUCUAUGGAGCUUCUCCCGCCAGAGCUGCCUCCACGAGCACCUAUCGACGAAGUGGAGAGACCGCAAAACGCUAUGGGGGCCCCUUUCCCAGACACCCCAGACACUGCAGCUUCAUUCCUAUGCCAAGGAGAGCAGGAACCUGGAGAUGGGGAGCACCCAUUGUCUGAGUACCAAUGGUUCCAUGGUACACUAUCACGACUCAAAGCGGCCCAGCUUGUGCUUGCAGGGGGCACCAACAGCCACGGUGUCUUUUUGGUGCGGCAGAGUGAGACUCGGAGAGGGGAGUACGUGCUGACUUUCAACUUCCAGGGCAAAGCCAAGCACCUCCGUCUGUCCCUGAACGAGGAUGGCCAGUGCCGAGUGCAGCACCUCUGGUUUCAGACCAUCUUCGACAUGCUAGAGCACUUUCGCGUGCACCCGAUACCUCUGGAGUCAGGGGGCUCAAGUGAUGUCACCCUCAUCAGCUACGUGGUGUCUUCUCAAAGGUUGCAUGAGGCAGCCAGCAGCCGUAAUCCUCCCCCACUGCCCCCCCACCCUUUGUCGCGGCAUCAUAGCGCAGAGGGGAACAUGCAGCCGCCCUGGUACCCGCCCAGCACCUCCCCUCCAGAAGAUUCUGUGAUCAGCCGGCCUCCUCCAGAGCCUCCCAUCACUCAGCACGAGGAGGGCGCAUCACCUGUCGAAAAUCAGGAGGAGGCCGCAGUCCGCCUGCAGCAGUUGCAGCCGGGGGGCGCCAGCUCGGAGGAUAUGAGCGAUGCCAAUGCUGCUUCACGCGCACGAGCUGUAAACAACCAGUAUUCCUUUGUAUAAGUGGGGUCAGGCUAAGUAACAGACCGAUUUUUUGGUUGCUGGAUCUUGCUCCCAUCCUGCUGUUUUUUCAGCUUGCCUUCCCAGGCAGAAACACAGUCUUGUUUUCUGAUAUAGACACACUAACGUGGCUAGACCAGAGAUACUAGAGUACGCAAACCCACUGCAGCUCCUCCCCCCGUAUGUGAAUAAUAUAGGAAUCUUUCAACUACACUACAGCUCGGUGACACCGGGCACACACUAAACUUCAUACUAACAGGUCCAUUCAAGGUCUGCUAAUAUGGUACACUACACCCUUUUAAAGAGGGCUCACCUCAACCACAAUGUUCCUGAUUACAGACUAGACCGGCCAUUGUUACCAGUGUUCCACAAGAGGUUGCUAGAGGUUCUGUGGCUGAUUGAGCUCCUAUCUGAUGGUGCCUACCUAGUUCCAGGGCCAACAACACAUGGUACAGCCAGUAGCAUGGCGCCAGUUAUCUUUUUAAGCUGUCUGUAAUGGUGGCAUUCUAACCAUCCCUGUAAAGGGAGAAUUCUUCCUACUGACCAGCCAUGUUAUGGGCAUUUUUCUAACUGGCUUGGUUUUAGCAUGGGACUCCUGAGAACUGAAAAUUAUCUCAAGGGUUCCUCUGGGGUAAAAAGAUUGAAAGAGGCUUUUCUUGACUCCUUCCAUGUAGCCAGUGAGUUCAAAGAGAACCGGUCAUAAUUGAAAUCAUGCAAGCCGGCUUGCUAAUAAAAGGUUUAUAUCUGCCCUAAUUUGAAGCAACACUUAUUGUUGUUGAAGCUGGACACUUUAGCUUGAAGCUUAGACAGAAUUGUAGAGUGUGCUGCUCUCAAGCCCUAGGUUGGGUCACUUGCCAGUGCUAAACGCUGGUGGGGGCUCGUCCUUUGCCCAAUAAAUUUAGGAAGGGAAAUCUGCACUCCAGGAACAUUCAGACACUGAUAAUUUUUAUUGUUCUGGAAAAAAAGUACCUGCCUGGGACCUCGUACAAGGGAACAAUAAAGUUGUCAACGUUUGAACUUUC